GACAUGCUCCGCUCACCGCGCUCAGAACAAGAAACUCGAGGAAUCGGAUUUAACACACAGAGGGAAGCGCGACGGAUCUGGGCGGCUUGGAGGUGUGGGCAGCGACACUUUAUAACACCCUGCCGGCGGUAAUCUGCAUAGAAGCUUCUGCUGUGUGACAAGAGCAUCCCUCACAUGCGAAGUCCCCGCGUAUUUGAACUCCAGCGCUUGAAUCUGUCAGCUUUGUCGCCGCAAUGGGGUUGCUCACGCUGGGAUCGCCAUUGAGCUGGGAAGAGACCAAGAAGCACGCCGAUCAUGUCCGCAAACACGGCAUCCUGCAGUUCUUGAACAUCUACAACAAAGUGAAAGACCGACAGAAAGACGUACUGAAGUGGGGCGACGAGGUUGAGUACAUGUUGGUGCACGUGGAUCACAAGGAGCAAAAAGCACAAGUUUUGCUCAGUGGAGUGGAGGUUUUAGAUAUUCUGCAAGACAAAGGCGAGAAGACCAAUCCAAACCAUCCCACACUCUGGAGGCCGGAAUAUGCCAGCUAUAUGAUUGAAGGCACUCCAGGGCAGCCUUAUGGAGGAGCGAUGUCUGACUUUAACACUGUGGAAGCCAACAUGAAGAAGCGAAGGAGAGAAGCGUCCUCUGUGCUCAAAGACUCUGAGACUGUCAUCACUAUCACAUCAUUCCCCAGAUUGGGUUGUCCCGGCUUCACUUUUCCAAAAUUUGAACCAAAACCCAUUGAAAAAGGAGCAUCGAAAUCCUUCUUUUUUCCUGAUGAAGCAAUUCAUAAGCAUCCCAGAUUUUGCACUUUGACCAGAAAUAUUCGACACCGAAGAGGAGAGAAGGUAGCGAUAAAUGUGCCAAUCUUUAAAGAUAAAAAUACGCCAAGUCCUUUUAUUGAGAGAUUCCCUUUUAAUGAUGUCGAAGCCACCAGAGCAGCUUUACCAGACCACAUAUAUAUGGAUGCCAUGGGAUUCGGAAUGGGGAACUGCUGCCUUCAGGUGACAUUUCAGGCAUGUAGCAUCAGUGAAGCUCGAUAUCUGUAUGACCAGCUGGCUACAAUAUGUCCUAUUGUGAUGGCUCUCAGUGCUGCAUCUCCGUUCUACAGAGGCUACAUUUCCGACAUCGACUGCCGCUGGGGGGUGAUAUCAGCUUCCGUUGAUGACCGUACAAGAGAAGAAAGGGGUCUAGAACCCUUAAAAAACAGCAAAUAUCAAAUAAACAAGUCAAGAUAUGACUCCAUUGACAGUUAUCUCUCUGUAUGUGGUGAAAAAUACAAUGAUAUUGACCUGACAAUUGAUGAAGAAAUUAAUAAACAACUUUUGGACGCUGGAAUUGAUAAACUUUUGGCGCAGCAUAUUGCACAUCUUUUUAUACGAGAUCCUCUGCAGCUCUUUGAGGAAAAAAUUAAUCUUGAUGAUGCAAAUGAAUCGGACCAUUUUGAGAACAUUCAGUCCACCAACUGGCAGACGAUGAGGUUUAAGCCGCCCCCUCCCAACUCGGACAUUGGAUGGAGAGUCGAGUUUCGCCCAAUGGAGGUGCAGCUGACGGACUUUGAAAACUCGGCGUACGUCGUGUUUGUUGUUCUGCUCACCCGAGUGAUUCUUUCAUAUAAACUUGACUUUCUAAUUCCUCUGUCAAAGGUUGAUGAAAAUAUGAAAGUCGCCCAGAAGCGAAAUGCAGUACAUGAAGGCCUGUUUUACUUUAGGAAGGACAUUUUUAAAGGUUGUAAUCCAGUGGCUGAUGGAUGUGCGACUGCUCAGAAUGGCCUAGACGGUGAUACUGAGGAGUAUACGCUGAUGAGCAUUGACACCAUUAUUAAUGGGAAGGAAGGUGUCUUUGAUGGUUUAAUCAAAAUCCUGAACUGCUACCUGGAAAACAUGGAAGUGGAUGUAGAAACCAGAUGUACUAUCUUAAAGUACCUUAAACUUAUUAAAAUGAGAGCUUCAGGGGAGCUGAUGACGAUGGCACGUUGGAUGCGCGAGUUUGUUGCCAAGCACCCUGAGUACAAGCAGGAUAGCGUCGUGACGGACAGAAUCAAUUACGACUUCAUCGUGACGUGUGACGAGAUCGCCAAGGGAACACGCCGGUGUCCGGAGCUUAUCGGGGAGCCCGUCAGUCGAGCCUAAUCAGGUCGACAUUUGCACUGCGUUUGACCGAUGCAAUGUGUUUUUUGAGUUGCGUAACUACUAAAGUAGGAAUGUCUCUUAGUUACUGUGAUGUGUGCCCCCCUUUUGCAUGGUGUCAAGACCAAAUACGUUUUGUUGCACAAGGAAAAGGAGCUGCUGUGGUAGAGUCACUGUGCCCCCUUGAAAUGACUGAAGACAAGUACUUGACAGAGAUUUCUUAUCGAAUUUGUAUAUAAUAUCAGAUUUUUAUGAGUGACAAAUUAUUUUAAUAGCAAAGUUCCUAUUGCCUAAUAUCUUUGUAUAUAUUUUUUGUAUUCAUCUGGAUAAUGAAGCCCUUUCUGUUUGUUCGUGACGUUAUAAAGCAGGACUGAGCGUGUAAAUGCAGUGUUAACCCUGAGCACUUGUCGAUUUGUCGAAUCUACAGCUGUUGGUAGCUUUGGUGAGAUAGGAAUCCUUCAGAAGAAGCAAAUGCUAUUUAUUUUAUGGUGAAAAAGUUUGAAAAGACGUAUGAAUGGAUGUAGCAAACUUGAAAAAAAAACCAAAAACGAAGAUCGCCGAACACGUUUAGCGCAUUGGAGACGAAUGUCGUGCGGCGUGUUAGCGUUCUUAGUUGAUUGAACUCGUUUCGGUUAAGUUGCCUAAUUCUGCGUAGUUAGUUUUAUGAUCGGAGCUGCUUGCCCCCCACCAAUGGGAUCUCGUUUAAGCCGACUGACCGUUUAUCCCUGAGAUAGCAAAAAGCUCGGUUGGCGUUGGAGUGAUUUUUUUAUUUUUAAUAUAGUUUAGCGGUGUAGAAAUUGGAAGUUUCACCAAACUUGGCCUCUUCCUGACAUUGUACCCUGAACACCAUCCGACUCCUUCUGUUGAGGCUUCAAGAUUACGGAGUUGUAACUCGUGCUGCCGUCGUGCCAGUCGGAAAUGAACAUGGAAAGAAGUGCAGGCAGAUGGGCACGUUUCACAUAAUGAAGAAGUGACAUGGAAGGAAAAAUAAACACCUGGGAGGCUGUAAUUGGCGGGAGGCCUCCGUGUCUCGAUCGUGGCAGCGACGAACCCGCCAUCUGAAGGCGCUUGCCAGGCCAGACACGUGUAAUAAUAACAGAGGAGAAGUGCAGGCGGGUUAAGUGGGCCAGGCCUUCCAGAGUUUUCCUGUUUCUGAGCCAAAGUGGACUUUUAUAAGCAAGGGGGGGGGGGUUCCGUAAGUGGGGUGGGCAGUCAGUUUUUAUGAAACGUGCUUUACCUGUGAUAUCUGGAAGGGGUUUUGGAGCUGUUUCUGUUUUUGCCUUUUUAAUUAUUUUGUUUCAUUUUACGGCUCUAAUCCUGUUACGUGAUUACAUGUUGAUGUUUUUGUUUAGAAGUUUUGAUCGAAAAAUGUCGACAGUCUGCUUGAUUAUUCUUUUCGUUGUUGAGAUUGUCUCAGAAUUCCUCCUUUUUGUUUUGUUUCCAUUUCUGUUUUCCUGUUUGCUAGCUGUGGUGUCUAUGAAGAACAAGAAAUUUGGCAGAGCUGCUUUUUUUGUUUUUUAAUUUUUUUUUAAGUAUUGAUUUCUUGUGCAGGCCAGUUAUGAACUUGAACUAAUCAUUGUUUAAAGAUUUACAGUUGGUGUCGAAAUAAACGAAGGCCUUCUGUGUCA